GCCCCAGCGGAAGGGCGGCAGGGGCCCCGCCAGGAGCCGGCUCCGGGCUCGGGAGGCCGCGAGAGCUUCGCCCACCCUCGGCUGAGGCCGGCGGGCACCUCCGAGGAGGUGUAAUUUGAACAGAGCUUCCAAGGUCACACGGAGACACUAGGGAGCUUUUGGUGAAAAAACUUGGGGUUUUGAAGAACUAGUGUCCUCGAAGAGCGCUCCCCAGGAAGGAAGGCGAAGAGGGGCGGGGCCUGGCACCGCGGCCAGGCGUCCCCACGGAUCUCUCCGGCCGACGCUCGGCAAUUCCUCCCCCACCUCCAGCCUCAGCCUCCAGCAGGGCUGAUCCGGAAACAGCCGAGCGGAUCCGGAAACAGCCGAGAGGACCCGGAAGCGGUGAGCUCGGUCACCUGGGAGUGCGGGAUCCCGCCGUUUGCGCGGAGGCAAUGGCGGCAGCGGCGCCGGCGGCCGCGGGCGAGGAUGGCGGGCGACGGCGGCCGGGGACCGUGCUUGAUCCCCAGCCCCAGGAGGGCGCCAAGGCCGAGGCUGAGUCAGGGGAACUCUGCCGACUUCGAGCCGAGCUGGCAGGCGCCCUGGCAGAAAUGGAGACCAUGAAGGCUGUGGCCGAGGUGAGCGAGAGCACGAAGGCCGAGGCUGUGGCUGCGGUGCAGCGGCAGUGCCAGGAGGAGGUUGCUUCCCUGCAGGCCAUCCUGAAAGACUCCAUCAGCAGCUAUGAAGCCCAGAUCACUUCUCUGAAGCAGGAGCGGCAGCAGCAGCAGCAGGACUGCGAGGAGAAGGAGCGGGAGCUGGGCCGCCUGAAGCAGCUGCUGUCCCGGGCUCACCCCCUGGACUCCUUGGAGAAGCAGAUGGAAAAGGCCCAUGAGGACUCGGAGAAGCUGCGAGAGAUCGUGCUGCCCAUGGAGCAGGAGAUAGAGGAGCUGAAGGCAAAGCUGCUGAGGGCGGAGGAGCUGAUUCAAGAGAUCCAGGGACGUCCCCGGCACCCCCCUUCCCUGCAUGGCUCCACGGAGUUGCUGCCUCUCUCCCGGGACCUGUCUCCCCCGCUGGAGCCUCUCGAGGAGCUGAGCGGAGAUGGGGGUGCAGCGGCCGAGGCCUUCGCCCACAACUGUGAUGACAGCGCCUCCAUCUCCUCCUUCUCCCUCGGCGGCGGGCCCGGCAGCAGCACCUCCCUGCCCCGCGGCCGCCAGGGCCUGAGCCCCGAGCAGGAAGAGACGGCCUCUCUGGUGUCCACGGGCACCCUGGUCCCUGAGGGCAUCUACCUGCCCCCUCCUGGUUACCAACUUGUCCCAGACACCCAGUGGGAGCAGUUGCAGAUGGAGGGGCGGCAGCUGCAAAAGGACCUGGAGAGCAUCAGCCGUGAGCGGGAUGAGCUGCAAGAGGGCCUGAGGCGAAGCAAUGAGGACUGUGCCAAGCAGAUGCAGGUGCUCCUGGCGCAGGUCCAGAACUCAGAGCAGCUGCUGCAGACCCUGCAGGGGACCGUGAGCCAGGCUCAGGAGCGGGUUCAGCUGCAGAUGGCAGAGCUGGCCUCCUCCCACAAGUGCCUGCGCCACGAGGUAAAGCGGCUGACCGAGGAAAACCAAGGGCUCCGGGCCGAGCAGCCACUGCCUUCAGCCCCCCGGGUCCUGGAGCAGGAGGGCCAGGAGGAGUCAAUGCCCAGCUCAGUGCCGGAGCUGAAGCAGCUGGUGCUCCGCAUGGGGCAGGAGGCCAGGGCCCACCAGCGGGCCCGGGAGCACGAGGCCGAACGCCUUCGCAUUGAGAUCGUGACGCUGCGGGAGGCGCUGGAGGAAGAGACGGCGGCCAGGGCCAGCCUGGAGGGGCAGCUGAGGGUGCAGCGGGAGGAGACAGAGGUGUUAGAGGCCUCCCUGUGCAGCCUCAGGACAGAGAUGGAGCGGAUCCAUCAGGAACAGAGCAAGGAAGCCUCGGGGCAGCCACCAGGGUCAGGCCCCACAGAAGAGGCUGAGCUCACAGACCUCCUCUCAGAACAGAGGGCAAAGGUGCUGCGGCUGCAGGCCGAGCUGGAGACGAGCGAGCAGGUGCAGAGGGAUUUCGUGCGCCUGUCCCAGGCCCUGCAGGUGCGCCUGGAGCAGAUCCGCCAGGCAGAGAGUCUGGAGCAGGUGCGCAGCCUCUUGGACGAGGCGCCGCUCAGGGACGUCGGGGACAUCAAGGACAGCUGAGGGCCAGCCCCACCCCGGGGAGACUGCCUUUCUCCACUGCAGAGCCAGGAGGCCUCGGCUCUCGGGCUCUCGGGAUGGAGCCUUUCCUUCUCUCUCAGCCUGGGGUUAGGGGACAGGGCCACACCGCCCUGCCAGGGCCUCCUCCCGGGAGUGGCUGGGCCUUCUGCUCCCCAGGAUGACAUGGGUGAGGGUCCCAGCUCCCUCCUGAACCAAAGGUGCAGGCUCAGCCCUGCGGCUCUCUGGCUGCUAUGCUGCCUCCUGGGUCCCACCCUGGUGCCCCUGUUCCCCAACCAGACUACCGGCCCCUCCCCUGCCCCUUCCCUAGUCCCAGCCAAGCUGUGGGUGGUGGCGUGGAGCCUUCCUCCACACGUGCGUCCUGGACAGACGGCUGCUUUCUGGACUGCAUGACACUAAGAGGCUUGUCCCCAGGGGCUCGAGGAGGCCCAAGAUGUGCAUGGAGGCAAGGCCAGACUUUUCUGUCAUUUAUUUUCAAUAAAUAAGCAGCUCAGCUCA